CCAUCUUAGUCGAAAAGUACUAAAGGAAAGAACAGUCCCGAUUUCUAGCGAUUUGUCUCUGAUUCCAUUAUUCGAGAUUAAUUUCUUUAAUCUUUUGGAUUUGGGAUUGUUUGAUUGUUUUGCAACUUUGUCCGGUCUUUCUUGUUCACCAUCUACCUAGCUAGUAUCAAGGACAUUCUUGAUACUCAACUCUGCUAUCAAUCUACCUCUCAAUUAUCUCCGGAUUAGGUAGUGAGACAACAUCAAUAGUUGUAAAACUACCCAAACCACCAAUUCUUUCUCAGUUGUGACCAAAACAACUCCUUUAUAAUUCGAAUAUCAAUCGUAUUCUCCUACUCUUCCGAAAUCGCCAACAUCUAUCCUGGUCCAACGAAAAACGAAUUCUACGUCAUUCUGAAGGCAUUCCCUGUCCAACACCUAGACACAAAGGGAAUCUCGAGGGAAGAAAAGGCCGACAGAAAGGGCAAUUGAAGGAAAUUUUGAAAUUUAAUAACGAUGUCGAGUAACGAAUAUUAUCCCAAUUAUGGCUAUGUUGGAGCUCCUGCAAAUUAUAAUGGUACCGGAGCCAAUGGUGGCGAUAGUGCCGUCGUCAAUUUAAAUCAAUGGUUCGAUCCGGGUGAUCAAGCCUUUAUCAUCGUAGCAUCAUGUAUGGUUCUACUAAUGCCCCCCGGUCUGGGCUUUCUAUACUCCGGUCUCGCACGUCGAAAGUCUGCGCUCUCGAUGAUAUGGGCCUGUAUGGGUGCUUUUUCCAUAAUAGUUUUCCAAUGGUAUUUCUGGGGUUACUCUCUGGCUUUUAGUUCGACGGCUACAAAUGGGUAUAUUGGGAACUUGAAACAUUUCGGUCUGAUGAAUACUCUGGGUACGCCAAGUCCAGGAAGUCCUUUGAUUCCUGAGUUGUUGUAUAGUUUUUAUCAGUUACAAUUCUGCGCAACAACUGCCGCAAUUGUCGUAGGAGCUGUCGCUGAACGAGGUCGUUUGGUUCCUAUGAUGGUAUUCAUAUUCUUCUGGGCUACUAUCGUGUACUGUCCAGUCGCAUGCUGGGUAUGGAAUGUCAACGGUUGGGGAUUCAAAUAUGGUGUUCUCGAUUAUGCGGGUGGUGGACCAGUCGAGAUCGUUUCGGGUAUGUCCGCGCUUGCAUAUUCAAUGGUCUUGGGCAAGAGACAGGAAAAGAUGAUGUUGAAUUUCAGACCACAUAACGUCUCGUUGAUUACCUUGGGUACGAUUUUACUGUGGUUUGGAUGGUUAGGAUUCAACGGAGGAAGUGCUUUUGGAGCCAAUUUGAGAGCUGUCAUGGCCUGCUGGAACUCGUGUUUGGCAGCCAUGUUUGGAAGUAUUACCUGGUGUUUGUUGGAUUGGAGACUAGCGAGAAAAUGGUCCAUGGUAGGUUGGUGUUCAGGCUGUAUCUCUGGUCUUGUAGCCGCCACACCCACAUCCGGAUUCAUUCCUCCUUGGGCCUCCGUCAUCCUCGGCAUUGUCACCGGUAUCGUCUGCAAUUACAGCACCAAAAUUAAGUUCUGGAUCCGCAUUGACGACUCCAUGGAUGUGUUAGCUGAGCACGGCAUGGCCGGUGUCGUCGGACUAAUUUUCAACGCUUUGUUUGCUGCAGAUUACAUAAUCGGUCUUGACGGUGUCAAUACCGGAGUCAUUACCGGCGGCUGGCUCAAUCACAACUACAAACAACUCUACAUUCAAGUCGCUUAUAUUGUCGCCUGUACCGCGUAUUCCUUUGUCGUUUCCGCACUUCUCGCUAUCAUCAUUAAUUACAUCCCCGGUCUCCAUCUCCGCGCCUCAGAAGAAGCUGAACUCCUUGGUAUGGACGACGACCAACUUGGCGAAUUCGCAUACGAUUACGUUGAGGUAAGACGUGACUACCUUGCCUGGACACCCGCAAAAGAUGAACCAGAAAACGUGGAAAGUAAUGUAAACCCCGAGGAUCGUCACGGUAUUCCAGAACACUCGGACAUGAUAACCGGACAUUCAGAUAUGAUUACGGGACAUUCACCGGGGAGCGGAAGAAACAGUGGAAGUGAAGCGGAUGCAAGGGCGGGACAUUCUCAUAAUAUGAUUAUGGGUGACAGACACGGAAUUGCGGCAACAGAUAAAGAGAAGGCUGCUUUGGCGAGAGAGGCACAAAACAACUGAGUAGGGCUUUGGACACAAAAUAAAUAAUAUUGGGAGGGGGUUUUUUGGGAUUCUUUGGAUACGACACGAUUGCUAUAUUGCGAGGAGUUGAGUGCGGGAAACUUGGUUAUGAGAUAUCUAUUUUCUUUUUCAUGCAUGUUUAUGUUUUGGGAUGAUGAGUGGACCGGGGCAAGGAAAAUAUGUACUCCAUAUGGUUUGGUGGGUGGGAUUAUUUGAUUCCAAAAAUAUUCGCGUGGAUAGUGUUGAAACUUGAAAGAAGAUUUAUUGUAUAUAGAAUGGAUGUAAGAGGGAUGUAAGUAACUAUUGAUGAGGUGGAAAUGAGAUGAA